AUGGUAGCAGUAGCCACAUGGCAAGGCAUGAAGGUGUACAAUCACUAUAAACAGAGGCCCGUCAUUGUGACUGUAGAUAAAUCCUAUUACAAAUGGAAUAUCGAGUAUCCCACAGUUACAAUUUGUACAAAACAACUCAAGAAUGAAGACGAAUUGAGACAGGAAAUUGAAACUUUGAGCUUCAAAUAUAACUGGCCAGAUGAAAUACUAACAACAGAAUAUGACGAUUUUGUUAGCUACCUCGAAGAUUUGGCAUUUAAAAACUAUAAAAAUUACGACGAAUAUAAACCAUAUGCAACCAAUCAGAAAAAAGAGUAUUUGAAACCUGAGCAGUACAUGGAGGUACUGAAUCGAGUUGUCUUUGAUAUAAAUUAUACCGAAAGAAAAAUGAAACACCAAAAAUUUGAACCUGUGAAAGUCAUUGAAGUUGUUCCCAAGUCAAUAGAAAGAGUUUUCACUGAAAGAGGCUUAUGUUAUGUAGUUAACUCCAAUGUCAGUAGGUUUUAUACUCCAGAGUAA